AUGCAUACUGGCGAGAAGCCAUACAACUGCAUACAAUGCGAUAAGAGUUUCGGAAAUCUGGAAUAUUUACGGAUGCAUUGCAGAGUUCAUACUGAAAAGAAGUUCAAAUGCGGUCACUGCAAUUCGAGCUUCGGCCGGAAAGCACACAUGCAAACACACAUGCUAACUCAUACUGGUGAGAAGUCGUUCAGAUGUGAUCACUGCAGUUCGAGCUUCGGGCAGAAAAUAAAUUUGCAAACACACACGCUAACUCAUACCGGUGAGAAGCCGUUCAAAUGCGAACUGUGCAAUUCGAACUUCGGCUUGAAGAAAGACUUGCAAAUGUACAUUCGAACCCAUGAUGGUGAGAAGCCGUUCAAACGCAAUUAG